AUGACGAAAAUUUCUGAUCUCUCAGUGGAUAUGGUCGGAGAGAUUCUGUCUAGGGUUCCACUAACAUCUCUAACCGCAGUGCGAUCUACUUGUAAAGCCUGGAACGAUUCAUCGAAAACUCAGGUUUUGGGUGAAAAUGCAGCAAGGAAAGAUCAGUUUCUGGAGAUCAAGGCUAUAGGUAAAAGUGUUUUUUCAUUGAGGUUCGAUCUCCAAGGAUUCCGUAACGACAAAGAUGAAAGACACUUGACUGAUCCAUCCAUGAAGCAAAUAAGUAUACCUAAUCACCAAGACGAGAUAUAUAGCGGAGUCAAUCACUGCGACGGCUUAUUGUUAUGCUUCAUAUCCAAAGACGACACCUUUAGGAUCUUGGUAUGGAAUCCGUAUUUGGGUCAAACCAGGUGGAUCCGACAGAGACGCAUAACCGAACAAAAUGAUGAUUAUGCUCUCGGAUACGGAUACAACAAGAACAACAACCGUAACUACAAAAUCUUGAGGCUCUUUUAUGGAUUCGGUGACAAGAAGAAAGGUAUUGAAGUCUACGACCUAAGCUCUGAUUCAUGGAGGGUUAUUGAUGCCGGUCCCGACUGGCAUGAACUGUUUGAUUAUGCUAAAGAAAGCGUGUCUGUCAAGGGAAAUGCAUACCUUCACUGUGUUCUGAACUAUAACGAUUUUUUGGUGUGUUUUGAUUUUACAAAAGAGAGAUUCGGACCGCGUCUGCCUCUGCCCAAUUCUGACAAUGGUACUGAGACUCUAUCUUGUGUUAGAGAUGAGAAGAUUUCCGCCUUACAUACCCAUAAGGACACGCCCCAGAUAGUAGAGAUUUGGACUUCGACUAAAACUGAGCCCAAUGCGGUAUCGUGGAGCCCUUUCUUGAAAGUGGAUAUGACUCUAGUGAAUGCUUUUCCGGGUGGGUUUUUGGAUGACUUUCGACCUAUUAGCUUUUUCAUUGACGAGGAGAAGAAAGUCGCUGUGCUUUUUGAUUUACUCCACGAUUACGAGACCGGUUCUUGUUACUACCGAAUGGGUUACAUCUUUGGUAAAGAUGGAUACUUCAAAUAUGUCACAUCCGGACUAGUUUUGAAUCACGACUGGAAUCCUUAUUAUAGUCUUGUGUGCUCUUCUUACGUUCCAAGUUUAGUGCAAGUGCAAAUCAACCAACCGGACGACACGAAAGAAAGAAACCAACAAGAAGAAACACAAGAGGAAAUCAACCAACCGGACGAAAGGGAAGAAACAAACCAAGAAGAAGAAACAAUAGAGGAAAUCAAACAGCCAGAGGAAAGGGAAGAAACAAACAAACGAGAAGAAACAAUAGAGGAAGUCGACAUCAACCAACCAGAGGAAAGGGAAGAAACAAACCAACAAGAAGAAACAAUAGAGGAAAUCAACCAACCGGAAGAAAGGAUAGAAACAAAAGAGCAAAGGAAAGAAGAAACAAACCAGCCGGGCAAAAAUCAAGAAAGAAACCAUCCUGGAAAAAGCGAAGAGCAAAUCAACAAGGAAAGGAGAGAAAGAAACAAACGGAGCAAAAUGAGGAAAAGAAACCAACGGGUCAAAAGGAAACAAAGAGGUGAUGAUCAGUCGCUUCCAUAUUCAUUACCUUUCUUGUUCCUUGCGUUAUUCAUUUCUUCCUUUGUUUUUUUCUUCUUUAUUUUCUUGUCGAUGCUUCUAUAA